GUUUACUGGUAGCACUUUCAGUUUACUUGUAUUCAUUGCGAGACGAAAGCAAAAYAAACGAUUUUUUCUGUCAAGUAAUUUAACAAUUCUAUUUUUAUUUACACCAUAAAUUUAAAAGUAUUGAAGUGAGUUUUGCAAUCUAAACAUAAAAAGUGUGCAUAGUGCGAAAGCAUACGAGUAAAUCAAAUAUUAGCUUAUAAAAACUUAAAAUUUCAAGUUAUAAGUAAGGAGAAGGAAAAAAAGAAAUUACAUCAACGAUAAAAUAUACAAAAAAUAGAGGUUAUUUAAAGACGAAACAGCUGGAGGCCGAAAACUAGGCGCAGUAAUGAGUAGUGGUAGUGSGAAUUCUGAACGCGCCACCACGGGACAAAAUUCGAAGACUGAUGGAAAUGCUGUGGACCGAGUUAAUGGAUGGCUAUCUUUUAUUGUACCCAGCAUGCAGAGGAAAAUCACUAAACUAAACUAUGACUUAAUAGAGGAAUGUAAACGGUGUAAGGAAGACUCGAAUUUAACAAAAAGCAUACGGGAUGAACUUGAAAGCUACUGCCGUGACAUACGACGGGAAGUCGUUAAGAAAAUGCGAAAUGGUUGUGCUCCACUCUUUAUCGCCUGCAAACGGGGUUGUGUGACGAUUGCGGAAUACUUAGUCACUGUAUGUGAAGCAGAUAUUGAACAGCGCGGCUUAUAUGAGGUACCUGAAGAUCAUACCUUUCAUUAUGUAACGCCGCUUUGGUGCGCUGUAGUGUCUGGAAAAUUGCCGAUGGUCAAAUAUUUAAUACGCAUUGGCUGUGAUAUAAAUGCAACCUCAGAUUCAGGUUCAACGCCGGUACGCAGCGCUUGUUUUAUGACACAUGUCGAGAUCGUACAAUAUUUGGUUGAGGCUGGCGCCGAUAUCCAAAAAUCCAACAUUAACGGUGGCACAUGUCUGAUUAAUUCCGUGCAAUCACCACAAUUAUGUUUAUAUUUAUUGAAAAAAGGCGCUGAUGUCAACGCCAAAGAUAUACAAGAGAAGACUGCCCUACAUUAUGCCAUACAGGAACAUAGAUUAGAAACUACCAAGUUAUUAUUGGAACAUGGAGCCGAYCCAUAUGUGAAGAGUCGCUACGGUGAUGAUGCCAUGCGCACCGCUUGCAUUAAAGGAGCAAGUCAAAUUUUCGAUUAUUUGAAAACACAUUUAGAAUACUCACCUAAACGCAUGGCCGGGGCUCACGAACUGAUCGAAAAACGACCAAUGGUGCCACUGCGUCCAGCCUAUGGUAAUGCCAUUGAGUUUACAACACURGAAGAGCUCGACAAUAUUGCUACCGAUGUGGAUGCAAUGCGUAUUCAAAGUUUGUUGAUAUGUGAGCGUAUACUUGGCUUAACGCACAAAGAUAUGCUCUUCCGUUUAACAUUUCGUGGCGCCUCAUAUGCGGACUCACUGCAACUACAACGAUGUAUCGAUUUGUGGCGCCUCUUGCUAGAAGUACGUGUUACGCAUUUCUCAAUACUACAUUUCGAUACGUGUUAUGCCGCCCAAACAUUAGUACGUCUAAUGAUCGAUUUGCAUGAACGUUAUUUGCGUAAUGUCGAGCUAGAGCAUCGCGAAGUAGACAUACGUGAAUUCUUUGACGAAGAAUUUGAGGAUGAUGCGGGAAAAGAUGAGCAUUUGCCAGUUUUCGAAGAUGUAAUUGGUGUUUUCCGCCUACUAAGUGGUACCGUAACCGAGGCACAACAGCUGUUGAAGAUACGGCCGGUUUAUCGUAAACAGCAAGAAAAUUUCGAUCGCAUAUUAAAAUGCAUAGCUCAUUUGAUUUACCUUUUAAUUGGUACUUCGGAUACAGCUGAAAAAAGAAAAGAUGUCUAUUAUGCUGUMUACGAUUUGGUGCAUACGAGGGUGCGUAGCGCAUGCACUUACGAUACGUUGCUGCAUUUGUGCGUGUCGCGAUUGAAUGUCAUCAAGAGCGGUUACUUAAGUGAUGAGAACCACUUAAACAUUGUAUUUCCCAACGAUAUGGUUGUUAAACUAUUACUAGAUUGCGGUAUGAAUGUGAAUGCUAAAAACGAGGCCAAAUCAACGGCCUUACAUGUUGCUGUACAACCUUAUAAUUAUAGCAAUAGAACCAAUGCAGGUCUUUAA